GGCUGAAAUGAAGUCAAUCUCUAUUUCAUAGGCUUGGCAUGGAAGGCAAAGGCAACGGGCUACUCGUACUGAGAAACUGAGGUUACAAGCACUGAAAGCUGAUGAUCAAGAAGCUUACAUGAAGAUGGUGGAAGAAAGCAAGAACGGAAGGUUAAAAAUGCUUCUAGAGAAAACAAAUGAGCUCCUGGGUCGUCUGGGAGCUGCUGUUCAACAGCAAAAAGAUGCUGAUCAUUAUAGCAUUGAAUCUUUGGAAGGCUCGGAUGCUGAAAUGACCGCUUCUAAGACUGGUACUCCUGGGCAAUCGCUUCCUGAGGAAGAAGAGGAUGUACUUGAUGAUGGAUCCACUCAUGAUGUGAAGACUAGUGACUUACUUGAAGGUCAGAGGAAGUACAAUUCAGCUGUACAUUCAAUCCAGGAGAAGGUAACGGAGCAACCGGCUAUGCUUCAGGGUGGAGAAUUAAGAUCAUACCAGCUGGAGGGGCUUCAAUGGAUGUUGUCGUUGUUUAAUAACAAUUUAAAUGGAAUUUUAGCGGAUGAAAUGGGACUCGGGAAAACCAUCCAGACAAUUGCUUUAAUUGCUUACCUCUUGGAAAACAAAGGUGUAAGUGGUCCCCACUUGAUUGUGGCACCAAAAGCUGUACUACCUAAUUGGAUUACUGAAUUCUCAACAUGGGCUCCCAGCAUUGUUGCUAUUCUUUAUGAUGGUCGUCUGGAGGAAAGAAAGGCACUGCGGGAGGAGUUGAUAGGAGAGGGGAGGUUCAGUGUGCUGAUCACACAUUAUGAUCUUAUUAUGAGAGACAAAGCAUUUCUGAAGAAAAUUCAUUGGAACUAUCUGAUAAUUGACGAAGGGCACCGAUUGAAAAAUCAUGAAUGUGCUCUUGCACGGACUCUCGUGUCAGGCUAUCGGAUUCGACGGAGACUCCUAUUGACAGGUACCCCAAUCCAAAACAGCUUACAGGAGUUGUGGUCUCUUCUCAAUUUUCUUCUUCCAACCAUCUUUAAUUCAGUGGAGAAUUUUGAGGAGUGGUUUAAUGCCCCCUUUGCGGAUAAGUGUGAUGUCUCUCUAACUGAUGAAGAGGAAUUAUUGGUUAUUCGCCGGUUGCACCAUGUGAUAAGGCCGUUUAUAUUGAGGAGGAAGAAAGAUGAAGUGGAGAAAUUUCUUCCUGGGAAAACACAAGUUGUUCUAAAAUGUGAUAUGUCUGCAUGGCAGAAAGUAUACUACCAGCAGGUCACGGAUGUUGGGAGGGUUGGAUUGGAUUCUGGAACUGGGAGGUCUAAGAGUCUGCAAAAUCUCACCAUGCAGCUAAGGAAAUGUUGUAAUCAUCCAUACCUAUUUGUGAGCGAGUACAAUAUAUAUCGAAAGGAGGAGAUAGUCAGAGCAUCUGGAAAAUUUGAGCUUCUUGAUCGUUUACUACCCAAACUUCGCAGAGCUGGGCACAGGGUCCUUCUCUUCUCACAAAUGACCCGCCUCAUGGACAUUCUUGAAGUCUAUCUGCAGGUUCAUGACUUCAAGUAUCUUAGACUUGAUGGCUCAACCAAAACAGAGGAACGAGGGACUUUGCUAAAGCAAUUUAAUGCUCCUGACUCUCCUUACUUUAUGUUUCUUUUGAGUACUCGUGCGGGAGGACUCGGUCUGAAUUUGCAAACAGCAGAUACUGUGAUAAUUUUUGACAGUGACUGGAAUCCUCAAAUGGACCAGCAAGCAGAAGAUCGGGCACAUCGGAUUGGGCAAAAAAAAGAAGUUAGGGUUUUUGUGUUGGUUAGUGUUGGAUCAAUUGAAGAGGUCAUAUUGGAGCGUGCAAAACAGAAGAUGGGCAUUGAUGCUAAGGUCAUCCAGGCUGGCUUGUUCAAUACAACUUCUACAGCUCAAGAAAGAAGGGAGAUGUUGGAAGAAAUCAUGCGUAAAGGUACAAGCACCCUUGGAACGGAUGUGCCAAGCGAAAGAGAGAUUAAUCGUCUUGCAGCCCGCUCAGAUGAGGAAUUUUGGCUGUUUGAGAAAAUGGAUCACGAGAGAAGGCAAAAAGAGUGUUACCGAUCUCGUCUCAUGGAAGAUCACGAGGUACCAGACUGGGCUUAUGCUACACCUGACUCUAAGGAAAAGGGAAAAGGGUUUUUAUACGAGAGCGCUAAUCUCACUGGAAAGCGACGUAGAAAAGAAGUGGUUUAUGCUGAUACUUUAAGUGACGUACAGUGGAUGAAGGCUGUGGAGAAUGGAGAUGAUUUCUUUAAGCAAUCAGGUAAAGGUAGGAACAGGGACCAUCAGUCAGUCUCAAAUGGUGAAUUGCGUAGUGGCAUUGCUGAAGCGGAGAGGAAUGGACAGGACUUGAAGCCUGAAACUGUGUCUGUGGUGAGCGAGGCAACAAGUGAAGAUACCUUUGGAAUAACUCCCCAAAGGUUCAAAUCCGAGAGUGCAAGUUCCAUGAGAAACGAUUAUCACGACUUGACUGGCAGUUGUUUGGACGGAUUAUCGUGGAAGGCCCACAAGAGAAAGAGAUCAAGCUUAGUAUCCUAAGGUUGCCCCUUUAGAACCUAGGAAUUAUUUUGGCCAGUGAAGCCAUUAGUGGUGGUGGACGUAGGGAAAGAAAACAGCUUUGGCUACAGGCAUUUCAGAGCUAAUAACUAUGGGUUUAGUCGUCUGUUCGGCUCAGUGUCUUACAUGUAUAUUAGCAUCUCAUAGUUUUUAGGUUUUUAUUUGCUACUAGUUGAUUGUGCAGUAGUGGGAAAAUUGGAGAUGUCAACUGGUGUACCAUAACCUUUUUGCUACAAUUCCCAAUUAUUCUUAUUUGGAUCAAGUUUCAGCAACUUGGCAGCCAUGUAAAGUAUAUUUUCAAGUUGAUGUUAUGAGCUAGUUUACUAUUUCGAAGGGCAA